AUGGCGCUCACCGACCGCUACAGUGCCGUUUCCAUAGCUUGUGUUGGAAGAGUCCAUUUUAUUCCGCAUUACGUACAGAGACUUGCCAGUACCGAUGGCCGCUGCCCGCGGGCCACCAGCGGGGUCUGCGCCAGCGCCCCGGCCCGGCGCCCCAUCUCCGGAGGAAGAAAUGGGCUGGAGCGGGCACAACGGCAGACAGACCCGAACCCGCCGAGUGCGGGUGGAGCGCGGGACACGGCGAGCGGGCGGCCACGUACCCGAACGUAUUCGGCUCCUCCACGAUCUUCAUCUUCCCCGCCGAGGCGAAGAGACCUGCGAGGAGAGAGCAGUUUGGCCGCGGCGGAUGGACCAAGCCGCCAGCGCGCCCGCUCGCCCCGCGGCCCCCGCACUCACCCAGCGCCGCGCUCAGCGCCGCCAGCAGCAGCCGGGCCGCCAUCGCCGGUGCCGCGGGAAGCGGAAGUGCGCGCGCAGCGGGGCGGUGUCUCCGCCGGGCGCGGCCAUGGAGCACCGCCGGCGCGGGAGCCGGCGCGGGAGCCGGCGCGGGGCUCGCAGCCUCGAGACUUUCGCGGUGGAAGCAGAGGCCGCGCUGAGAGGCGUGUCAUUGCUCAGAGUGGAAUUGCAGUCAUAGAUUGCUCCUGGGCCAAAUUAGAAGAAACUCCCUUUAAGAGAAUGAGAGGGGGCCAUCUGCGGUUGCUGCCUUACUUGGUUGCUGCAAAUCCUGUAAACUAUGGUCGGCCGUGCAAGCUGUCCUGCGUGGAAGCUUUUGCUGCAGCAUUUUGCAUUGUCGGAUUCCCAGAUCUAGCCACCAUUCUCCUAAGGAAAUUUAAAUGGGGUAAGGCAUUUAUUGACCUGAACAAAAAUCUCUUGGAAAAAUACGCAGCUUGUCAUUGCCAGGACGACAUUGUAAGCAUUGAGAAGGACUUUUUAGCCAGUGUCCAAGAAAAAAAAGAUGAAGAAGUGGAUCCAUUUGACAUUGACUUAGACAAAGAAUUUUCUAAUCCCAACAGGCCAGUCAAUUCCUCAGGUCUAGCACAAAGCAAGGAAGACUCUGAGGAGGACAGCAUGAGCAAUCCAGAUGAAGCCACUGAAAGCAGUGAAAGCACUGACGAGAGCAGUCCAGAAGAAACAAAAAUACAACAGGAAAUAAAAAUGCCCAAUAAUCCCAAAGAGUCGUAACAUCUUGUAUAAAGAAAUCUUCUUGCAAAUACUUGAGUGCGUCUUGUUCACCUGUAACUUGGUGCUUAGCAAACAUCAGUCUCUAUGCAGGUUUAUAGGUCUUUUUAUGCACGAGGGCUCUAGGUUAUUUAAUUUUUAGGUAAGUAUGGAAUGUUAAAUUAUUUUGUAAGGAGCUUGAAGCUUAGUUACAAGUUAAAAAAUAACCCUGUAUUCUAAUCAACAUGUCUAGAAAGUGGUUUAUAGGGAUUAUUUUUAACUAAUAGUGUAUUAGGUAAACUUUCUUAACUUCUCGUCUGUAUUUCAGCGGGAAAACAUGACUAAGCUAUUGUCCUGUUCAUGGUACCUACCACAUAAGAAGUCUCUGACUCUUCACAGGCUUGAACCUGCCACGUGUAUUUCAACUACUUCAUCUAUUUAGAAUAAACUGAGCAAAGCUUAAAAGGAAAAAAUGCUUCUUGGAAUUGCUUUAACGUCUCCCUGUGUCUUUUCAGGAACUUUAAUUGCUCAUUUUAUUUACUCUGAUACAGUCCUAAGCAACACACUGCUUUGGCACUUCAUAUUCAGAACUGUACUGUGAAACUUCAGAUCACAGGUUCAUCAAUGCUAUCUCUGUGUAUUUGCAUCACUCAAAGUGGCACCGUACCAAGUCAGAAAUACACAGUGUCUAGCCCUUAAAGCUUUGUGUCAAGACACGCACCCAGCACUAGUGUCUUAGGUCGCUUUUCCCUAUGCCUGCCAGUUUGUAUAAUAAAAAUGAGCUGCUAGCA